UGUAUUUGAUAGAACCCUAAACGGGAUUUCAGUGUUUUGAUUGAAUCCAAACUCUGGACAGAAUAUCCAGCCUUUUCUGGCACAUCAGAAAUGUACCCUAACUAGAUUAUGCAAGUAAAGUUAGGCCUAGUCUGAUUUUUUUUUUACUGUGCAGUCUUUAUAGUCCUAAGCCAGAACAUCUGAAACGUACCAUCUUGCAACAUGUUGAAAUGGGGUUUUGAUCUCAAGGGACUGUACGAAGUGAUGCAAUCCUCUGAUGUGAUGAGGAACUUGACAUAAUUUCUGGUCUUGAGUUUGAAUAGUCUCUCUGCUCUAUCGGUGUAUAAAAACCAACACACCAGGCUUUAAUAAUAUUUUUGAGCUGUUAUUUAAAAAUGUGGCAUCGGCAGUCAAUCACUGUUCACUUAUAGGCUAGCUUUUCCAGUGGUUCAUCAUUUGGGAAAGUUUUCAAGUCUUUCCUUGUUAGUUUCACUUUCAAAAGGGAGGGGCCAUGGCUGAAAUGACAAUUGUGACUCCGUGGACCUGUAUUGUGCCAUUCUAUGCUGAAAACAAUGCCUCAAUUUAUGGAAAGGAAAGGGAAAGCAGAUCUUCACCCACUUCUUAAAACCACUUCCAUAUUCAAACCACUUCGCUUGUGAGUCUUGUGUGUUAUUGAAUAAGUGGACAAUAGACAAAUAGAUUCUGUGUAACCAGUCACCGCAAGAGUGAGUCUCCCCAGUCCCCACAAUGGCGGUGGGGCCAUGCAGUAUAGCACUACAGAAGCGCCGUGUGCAACUGGUGGAGAGCUGGAGUCAAAAUGUCACCCACCUCCAGGAGCUUCUUUACCAGGUAGGGGCUCUUACUGAGGAAGACCUCAGCCUGGUGAGAGGGGGGGGUCGCCUGGGAGUGAGGGACUCCAUGAGGAAUCUGCUGGAUGUGCUACACGGGCGUGGAGAAGAAGCCUGUCGAGCCUUCUUUCAUGUUCUACAGUCACAGAGAGCCAACACGGAGUCUGAGUCUAUGGUGGCAGCUAUCCCACCCGAGGGCUCUGGACCCAGCAGCAGUGACUCUGGUCCAACCAACAUGCAGGAGCACUUGAGGAAACACAAGGACAUAUUAGGCAGGCAGCACAGUCCCACUGAUUACCUUAGUAUCAGGACUAUUAGGUGUAGUAGUUCAGACAGUAGUGAUGAGUCUUGUUCCUUUACAGAUAUCACAUUGUCCAGGUGCGUGGGCUACACUGUUCCCCUGCAGUACCACCAGCACGAGGUAGCCAUGGUGGGUGAUGCCUUGCGGAGCCAGGACCAGGUCUGUACCUUUCAAGAUGUCUGCCAGAGUCUGCUGUCUGUUCCAGGAGAGGACGUGAGUCUGCUCUCGGGGGUGGCCGGCAGUGGAAAGACCACGGUGGUGAGACGGCUGGCUCAUGAAUGGGCAAAGGACUCUGGAUCCCAGAAGAUAGUCCUGUCCCUUUCCUUCAGAGAGCUCAAUCUGCUCAGUGAGCCUCAGAGCCUGCAGGAGCUUCUCCUGGUGCACUACAGCCACCUCAAACCUGUCCUGCCCUGGGUCAUUGACUCCCAACCUGGCCGGAUCCUACUCAUCUUAGACGGGCUCGAUGAGUUCGGCUUCCCCCUGGAAUUUGAGCGGAGCCCCAAGUGCUCGGACCCAGAGCGGAAGCUGGGCAUGGGGGAGAUGGUGGUGAACUUGAUCAAGGGUCACCUCCUCCCCGGUAUCUCCAUCCUGGUCACAUCGCGGCCCCAUGCCGUCUCCAAGGUCCCUCCCCUGCUGGUGACCCAGCUCUACAGCAUCCUGGGCUUCUCUAAAGACCAGCAGAGGCACUACUUUGAGCAGAGCUGCAACUCUCCCCUGGUGGCCUCUGCCAUGUGGGGCUACGUUUCCUCCUACCAGCCCCUCCAGCUCAUGUGUCGUAUACCAGCCUUCUGCUGGAUCGUCUCCACUGCCCUGCGUGAUAGAGCCCCCUGCUGCCUUAGCCAAGUCACCACCACCACUCUGCCCAAUACAGCUAGGACAAUGCCAGCAGGCUCCAGUGAUACUUCCACCUCCAACAACAAGGCUGAAGAAGCCACUCCAACCCCCUCCACUUUCUCCUCCACUGUUCCCAGGGUGAUGUUAAUGAGCGGCCAUGUCAAGCCCAUCACCAUCACAGAGAUCUACUGUUGCUUUCUCAAGUCCAUCCUGGUGUUCCACGGGGAGGGCCACAGUCAGGAAGGCUGCAGCCCGCAGUGUCUCCAGGAGGCCCCGCAGGUCCUACAGGAGAUGCGGCCCAUGCUGAGAGACCUGGGAGCCCUGGCCUUCAAGGGCCUGCUGGAGCGACGCUUCCUCUUCGACCAGGCUGAUCUGAGCUCUUUCUCCCUGGACUGCAGUGGGCUGUCCAAGACCUUCCUGGUGGAGAUCCUCCGAGAGGACCGGGCCUCGCUCACCUGCCAGAGGAGCUUCCACUUCAUCCAUACUAGUGUACAGGAGUUCCUGGCAGCUCUGUACUAUGUCCUGCAGGCCCUCUCCGGCUCAGAUCCGUUCUCAGGGCUCAAGUCAGCCGUUGGUGUAGCCCUUUUUCCAGUCGCCCUGUACAAAGUGUUAACCUCCACUGCUAAUAAGCUGCUGAGGCCCAGACGGCUCCUGCGCAGAUAUGUCAAGAAGGCUUUCUCCUGGGGUGGACACCAUCAGUCUGGUCACAUGGACCUCUUCUGCAGAUUUGUAUCUGGCUUAUUGGUACCUCAAACCCGUGUCAUCCUGGAUGGACUAUUCCGAGGCAGAUCACAAAUACUCCCAUCGCCCUCCUCCUCUCUGCCCGUACCCUCUCCUCCUCCUCCCACCCCUCCCUUUCUCCUGAGCCUGCUCCACUCCCAGCUCCAAUGUGGCAGACUGAGUCCAGAGAGGCAGGUCAACGUGUGUCACUGCCUGUACGAGGGCCCAGGACCAGGCUGGCCCAGCGUCUACAAGGCUGGCUGCAGGUCCUGGCCCAACAACAGACCCAGACCAGUCUGGCCCAGCCAAGAGGGACUGGAGCGAGCUGGCCUUCCUGCUGCAGCUGACCCAGACCUGCAGGAUCUGAAUCUGGAGGCCCAGGGGCUGGACGCAGACGGCCUGCGCAGACUGCUGCCUGUACUCCCUCUGUUCAGCACCCUCAGGCUAGCGCAGAAUCCACUGGGUCCAGAGGGGGCAGUUGUGUUAGCCUGUGCCCUGCAGAGCCCAGACUGCCGUGUCGAGAGACUGUGGGUGGUGGGGACAAGACUGGGUUGUAAGGGACUCAAGGUGCUUACAGAAGGACUGAAAGACAACCACACAGUGGUCGACCUCAGGAUGGCCAUCAAUCACAUUGGCGAUGUGGGAGCGGGCUGUCUGGCGGAUCUACUGCGGACCAAUCAUACACUUAAAGAUAUCAGGCUCCGUGACAACCAGAUUACUGAUAGGGAGCAGAACUCCUCAUGGAAGCACUGA